UGAUUCCGCUCUCAAACAAAGUUCGCCCGGUAUUCAUUCCGCAGCUAAUUCAAACUACGACGCCACCAGCCCAGGCAGCCAAUCGCCUGCCAGACCAGGUUCCCCGAAAGCCACGUUCAGUCAGCCAAAGUCUUCUCGGCCAACCGAUAAUUGGGGGCCAGCACCGCUUGCCUUCAGCCCGCCUACGGACUUUGCUUCAAAUACAUUAGAAACUCGGGAAUCAAAUACGACAAAAGCGAAGAAACAAAGACAAUGGCCCUAUUCUCCAAGCUCGCCACCGGCGCCGUGGGUGCCAUCCACAUCUACAUCCUCGCCCUGGAGAUGUUCCUGUGGGACACCCCGCGCGGCCACAAAGCCUUCAAGCUGGCCCCCGACUUCGCCACAAAGACCAAAGUGCUGGCGGCCAACCAGGGCCUCUACAACGGAUUCCUCGCCGCAGGGCUGUUCUGGGGACUUGCCCACCCGGUGGAGAGCUUUGGAGAGCAGAUCAGGCUGUUCUUUUUGGGAUGUGUAGGAGUUGCGGGCGUGUAUGGCGCGGCGACGGCCAGCAGGAGGAUUUUUGGCGAUUCUGACUUUGAGAUUGAAGCUGAGCUCAGCCCCCCAGAAAAUGCCACCAAGAAGCGAAAGACGGCUUCUGCUUCACGUUCAGUAAAACAAAACGACGCUUUGCGUAAAAGACUCUUUGCCCGGGAUUCCACAGAAACGCCAAAAGAAACAUGCUUGCCGCCUUCUCGCCAGCACUCCAUCAUAUAUCACAGACCCCUGCUCUUAGAUAAAGAUGUCGGAUCUCAGGGUCGUAAAGCCUUGCUUUCGUGGUUCCAUUCCGUCAGCGAAUCGCGAUCUAUGCCAUGGAGAAAAUCCUGGGUUGAUCCCCAAAUGAUACCAGACCCAAUCGAGCUUCGAACGACGCUCGAGAAACGCGCCUACGAAGUAUGGAUCAGCGAAAUCAUGCUCCAGCAGACUCGCGUGGCCACCGUCAUCGACUACUGGACUCGCUGGAUGGCCAAAUGGCCAACGAUACACGACCUCGCAGCGGCAAAAUCUGAAGAUGUGCUUGCCAUGUGGAGUGGGCUGGGAUAUUACAGCCGGGCAACGAGAAUCCAUGAAGCAGCAAAGCUUGCAGUCGGCGAUCCAGACAUGAAAGGCCUUUUACCAUCGUCUGCAAAAGAUCUUGAAGCCAAGAUGCCGGGAGUCGGGGCAUACACCGCAGGCGCAAUUUCAUGCAUCGUCUUUGGCAACCCCAGCGCCAUGGUUGAUGGCAACGUUUUCAGAGUGCUGAGCAGGCAACUGGGCAUACAUGGAAACGUAAAGACAGACAAGGCCGUCAUCGACACCAUCUGGGCCGCGGCAGAUGCCCUGGUCAAGGCUACAUCAGAGCUGGACGGUGACGAUGGCUUAAUAAACACUGAGCCCAAUGACAGGCCAGGGCAAUGGGGCCAAGCACUUAUGGAGCUGGGCAGCACAAUCUGCACGCCAAAUCCGAACUGCUCGCAGUGUCCAAUUACAUCAACUUGCCGUGUUUACAAAGAAGGCGAACUCCAGGCCAAAAAGUCAAAGGAAGCUUCUCCUAGGAUACCAGAUAUCGAAGAUGCCUGCACCUUGUGCGAGCCAUUCGAGGGUGGCCUUGAAGACAGCGAUGAUGAUUCGGCACAGGACAAGAAGCGUGGCAAGGCCAAGAAACCCGAUGCAAAGCAAAGCAAGCAGGCCACGUUGACAGCCUUCGCGUUUACGAAGAAAACCAUCAGUAGCUCCUCAUCCCUUUCUUCCUCUCCUUCGACUGCGGCUUCGGUAGCUUCCAAAGAGACAAUGGAAGCAAUCACAAGAUACGCGCGCAGGUUUCCCGUCAAGCCCAUCAAGAAAGCCGUCCGCAUGGAGGAAACGCUCGUCUGUGCCAUCCGCCGUAGUGACGGCCAGUAUCUGAUCCAGCGGCGACCACUGAAAGGCCUGUUGGCCGGGCUAUGGGAAUUCCCCAGCAAGCUACUCGAGACGCCAGCAAAAUUGGAUAAAAAGAAGCGGGAACAGCUGUCUCUCGAAUACGUGUCGGGGCUUUUACAUGGCACCAAAGCCAGUAAAAAGCCAAAGGUGUCAUACAAGGGCGAACUGGGCAACAUAGAUUGGCAGUUUACGCACAUCAAACUGACAAUGCACGUCCAUCUCUUCACCGUGGGAGAAGAUGCUAUGGUAGCAGAGGAUGACGAGGAACAGCCCAGGCAAUGGGUCGUUGAUGUUGAUGCUUUUGAGUCAAUGGGGACGGGGAUGCGGAAAUGUUGGGAUUUGGUGAAAGCAGAGGUUGAAUAGUUGUAAUGAUGUGCUGGAGCAAAAUGGGAAGCAAAUGAUUUUCAGCUUCAGGCAUUGAAGCUGUUUACAGACAAUGCAACUGGUAGCUAGACGGACAUGAGCGUUUGAUAGAUGGGCAUAUGCUUGCCCAGAUACACUCGAUUGUACAGUUAAUCUGUUGGAGCACAUUAAUAGUAGAUGUAGGUAUAUGUUGAACCAAGAAUACACAUGGGCACAUGGCAUCUAUGCA